ACGAAUGAGGAAAAAGAGCGACAAGGAGGCCACCAGGGAAGGCCUACGCGAGCAAAAAGGAAUCGGAGAAAGAUAACCUGCAGAGAUACAAAUGGUGCGCGGAUUGGCCCGGCAUUCCUCCAUUUCCUAUCUUCACGCCAUGUCGAAACUGCCCUCAACUUGGGAAAAGCCCCCCAACGCGGCUUUUCGGGGCUUACAUGCUCUAUUGCUGCACUUAUCUGUUUGGCCACUGGAUAUUACUACGGAAAUCAGGCCACUCCACGGUCGCUCGAUCAUGGCUCUUUGACUCAAAUCGAGACACCCCUCACUGCUGUUGGAAACCUUCAAAAAUGUGCAAUUGAUAAUUUACUUGGCACUGGUUUACCUUUCUUGGAAAAAGCUUCGCCAAUUACUCUGGUUGAUUUCGAGGAACGCCGAGAUCGUCUGGCGAAUGCCUUGGUCGCCGAGGGCGUGGACGCCUUUGUCGUCGAGCCAGGCUAUACAUUCAAGUACUACGGCAAUGUAAGCCAGCCGGAAUGGGAGGUCUGGGAGCCCGAGGAGCGCCCUUUCUUGAUGGUUGUCCAUCCACAGAAAAAUGAGCAGGGUGCUAUAACUGCCAAUACGACUUUCCUGUGCCCAUCGUUUGAAGCAGAGCGAGCGCGUCUACUAGGUAUGCCAUUUGAUGGGCCUAUCCAAAUUGUCGCCUGGGAAGAGCACUGGGAUCCCUACGCGACACUUCAGCAGGCGAAUGUAUUCAGUGGUCUCCAGCGACAGCCUCGCUUGAUGGUGGACGAGGAGAUGCGCGACUUCAUCCAAAGAGGACUCGGCACCGCUGGGUUUGAGGUGGUUGGUCUCAAAGGUCAGGUUGAGGAGGUUAGGCAGAUCAAGAGUAACAGCGAAGUUGAGAUCUUGCGUGCGGUCAAUACGGGCACUGUUGAGGCAGUGCGGCAAAUCAGGAAAUGCCUGACCCCCGGACUGACGGAGAAUGAUAUCGCGGUCGCUCUCGAUAAUGCAUUGCGUGCCGCAGGAAUGGAGCCUUUCUUCGAUAUCGUGCUAUUUGAUGAAAAUGCCUCAAAUCCCCAUGGAGGGACAAACGGAUCUAAAGUUCUGGAGCCUGAGACGUUUGUUCUCAUUGACGUCGGAGCUCAUCUCUAUGGCUAUUCAUCGGACAUCUGCCGCACAUUCUUCCCGCCAUUCCUUCAAAAACCAGCUGAGGGGGAACCAUUAUCAGCACGCAUCGAGGAGAAGCUCAAGGUCUGGGGUAUCGUCUUUGAGGCACAAACCAAGUCUAUUCAGCAAAUGCGAGAGAACUCGACCGCUGCCAGUGUAGAUAUCGCUGCUCGCGAUGUCAUUACUGAAGCUGGAUACGGAGAGACCUUCACCCACCGAGUUGGUCAUGGAAUUGGUAUCAAAGCCCAUGAAAGCCCCUAUCUCAACCAGGGCAACGUCAAGAGUUUGCUCAAGACCGGAAUGACCUUUACCUCAGAGCCAGGUAUAUAUUUGGUAGAUAAGUUCGGUGUCAGACACGAGGAUGUGUUGUUGGUCCAGGGUGACGAGGAGCCAGUGCUUUUGACAGGGACGCGCGCCGUCGGUCCAUGGGACCCAUAA